AUGCGCAACUCAAUUAUCCUCAGCGCCGGCCUGGCCCGCCUCUCGACAUCUCAAACAACCCGAAGAUCGUUCGUGACCACUGCUGCAAGGAGUCUCGCCAACCCUACUUCAUCCCCGGCGUCUGCGCCGCCGCUAAACCCGCGAUGGCUUUCUGAGCUGCAGUCGCGCAUCAAGCGGUGCGCCGGGCUCGACCUCAGCGGGCAGCAGAAGGAGGAGUUGGCGGCUCUGCGGGAGGCUGUCGAUGGGCAGUGGUUGGAGUUGCUCGCCGGGCGGGAAGGGUUCCUCACCGGUCCCGGGUGGAGGGGCCUUGACAGACAUACGGUGACUUGGGGAGACCAGGAUGCAAUGGUGAGUCAUGUAAACAACGUCGUCUACAACAAGUACGCCGAGUCGGCGCGGGUCAACUGGCUUCGUAACUUUGCGACGACGGUGGAUCCUGAGCACAAGGAUGAGUGGGACCAGCUCAUGAGCCCAAAGGACAUUGGCCUCAUCAUGAGAAGCAUCAAGACGGACUACAAGUUUCCAAUGGCCUACCCGGACCACGUGACGGUCCUCCAUAAGCUUGUUUCCAAGCCGACAUACGAAUCAGACUUCAUUUUGCUUGAAGCUCUUCUCAUCUCCGAGGGCCACCGUCGCCCUGCCGCCCGCUGCUUCGAGGAUAUCGUGGUCUACGACUACAAGACCGCCAAGAGGGCGCCGCUGAAGCCUUUCAUGGUCGACCGGCUACGGGAGACAUACGAGGCGCAAGAGCAGAGCAAAAUUGACUGCGAGGAAAAGGUAAAGGGUCUCGUCGACAUUGUCGAGCGUCUGGAGAAGGCUGCGUGA